GCCGAGUCCACACGUGCUGCUCCCGCUGCUCUGUCCUCGAGUCCGUUGGCUCGGAUCGUGAUCCGUGGUUCCCGAGAGGAGGAGGCUCCACACCGAAGUGCUCCACCAAAAACCCAAAAUUGAAGUAAAAAAAAGAAACGAAACAAGAAAAAAAAAGAAUCGAAGCAUAAAAGGAAACCAACAGAGAAAAACCAAGUGUUGCGCCGCAAGUGUUAGUGAAUAUUUUUUUUGCUGUUCUUGUUGCUGUUCUUCACAAAUACCGUUACUCGCCAAAAGAGCGAAGAGAGUAGAAUAAUCUACAGUGAAACGGAACUUCGCAAUAAACUACACGGAAUCAUAGGGAAAACCAGAUAAGCGACAAAGGUACACCCACGGCUGUGUUGUGACCUUUGGAAAGAUUACGUCUUACCGAUUCAAAUCCAAACGCCACGCCGCCAGCGUCAUGUGGAGCCCACAGAAAGGCCCUACACGCCUGUGGGACCUUAGACUUAGUAGCUGUAUAUUUAUCUUACACUUAAUGUUUAGUUUAGUCAUAGCUGGUAAUGAACUGUGGCCCAUGGACCGGCCGGAUGGCAUGCCAAACAUUGUGUCCCUGGAGGUGAUGUGCGGCAAGGAUCACAUGGAUGUGCAUCUCACCUUCUCGCAUCCGUUCGAGGGCAUUGUCAGCUCUAAAGGACAACAUAGCGAUCCGCGUUGCGUGUAUGUGCCACCUUCCACGGGCAAGACGUUCUUCUCCUUCCGGAUCUCGUACUCUCGCUGCGGCACCAAGCCCGAUCUAAAUGGCCAGUUCUACGAGAACACGGUGGUGGUGCAAUAUGACAAGGAUCUGCUGGAGGUCUGGGAUGAGGCGAAACGAUUGCGUUGCGAGUGGUUCAAUGACUAUGAGAAGACUGCCUCCAAACCACCGAUGGUUAUUGCCGAUCUCGAUGUCAUUCAGCUAGAUUUUCGCGGCGACAACGUUGACUGCUGGAUGGAGAUCCAGCAUGGCAAAGGUCCCUGGGCGCCGCCCGUCAGUGGAAUUGUACCGCUUGGCUCCACGCUGACCUUGGUGGUGGCCAUCAAUGACUAUAGAGGAGAAUUCGAUAUGCGUGUAAAGUCUUGCGUGGCCUCCGAUGGCUCUGGCCAUGUCAUCAACCUCUCGGAUGAGUUCGGCUGCGUGCUGCGCCCCAAGAUGAUCUCCCGCUUCCUGAAGGCCCGUGCUCCCGACGAGCGCGCCACCGUCAUCACGUACGCCUUCUUCCACGCCUUCAAGUUCCCCGAUGCCCUCAGUGUGCACAUCAAAUGCAAGGUGGAGAUCUGCCGUCAUGGCUGCCUUGAUCACUGCCAGAACACGGGUGCCGGCGGCGGCGGCAUUGGUUCCGGAGAGGCUCUGGGAUUGGGACUCGGCCUGACGAAUGCCAACGAGCGCAAGGAUGUUCACAUGUCGGAUGCGAUGGGUAGCAGCAGCAACAACGAUCUCUUGAGGGAUCUGGCCUUGCCGCCGCCACCACCGGGGGGCCAUGGCCAUGGCCAUGGCCUGGGCAUGGGCAUGGGUCUGGACCACGACAUCUUCUACGAGGACAUUAUCCACGAUCACAAGCAGACUUUGGGCGGCGGCGGCGGAGAUUAUGGAGGCCAUGAGAGCAAGAACAAUGGCGGCAAUCUACAGCCGCGUCCCGUGCACGAGGAACAGGAGGAGGCCGAUCUGUCCGAUCUCUUUGGUGAUGAGGAUCUGGCCGAUCUGGACAUGGAGGGCGGCGACGGAGGCGAACGUUACUUGGGCCUGAAGAAGAGCGGCAAAUUCCCGCACGGACCCCGGCAGCUGGAGGCCCAGAAGCGCAUGGGUGUGCCCAUGGCAGGACCACGCUCCCUGGAUCCCACACGUAACCAUCAGGAAGAUGAGGAAGUGCCGCGUCCCGUUUACAGGCCACAGGCGGAGGCACUUAAGAAGCCGCGCGAAGAUCACAUUGACCUGGACAGGGAGGAGGAGGAGGAGGAGAAGGAGCGGGAGCGGGAUCAAGACAAGGAACAUAAGGAUCAAGGCGAGGGUCAGCCCAAGGAGGAGAGUAGUCAUCGUCGCCGCCGCCGUUCUCUGGUCAUAUCCGAUCGCAAGGUGCGCAGUGCCGAUGUCGGUGUAAGCGGCUUGUACGAUGUCAUCUCCGAGGCGGACCUGGCUUUCUCGCCGGACUCCAAACAGGAGGCAGUCACCGUCUUCCAGGGCAAGAUUAGCGAGGAGGUUGUCUACGGCAUCUGUAUGCCGGUGCCCGGCUUUAGCAUUCUGUUCAUCGUCGUGAUUUCAGCGACAAUUGUCUCUGCCUUGGUGGCUGGGUCCCUGCUCUAUCGCUACCAGCUGCAAAAGGAGGCGCUGGACAAGCAGACACCGAUGCCGGUGCCCGGGACACUGGCCUCCUGGAUGACCCUGCGUCUCUUUCGCUUGAGGCACAUGCAACAGCAGCAGCAGCAGCAGCAGCAGCAGCAGCAACAACAGCAGCAGCAGCAACAAGUGAGACAACAGCCGACUCCCGGACUCGACACGGUACAGUGAAUCAGGAGGUGGAGGAUAAGGAGGAGGUGGAGGAUAAAGAGGAAUGGGAAUCACCAGAGUCGGACCAGAGUCGAAAUCGAAAGCGUUGUCCCCGCUUAUUAUCUAAUUAAUAUGAUUAUUGUUUUUUUCCCCGGGUUGUUUGUUCAGAGAUCGGGCAGCAAUGCAAUACUCGAACUGCUUCGGCUUCGUUUAAGAUUCGUUUUUGGUGCUGAACGUUCCACGUAAUUUUUUUUUUUUAUUGGGUGCAUUUAGUCGUUAAAAAUUCAUUGAAAUUUCUUAAAAAAAUUCAGCUAAAAGUAUAAAUUAAAGCAAGAACAAGACACACAACACACUCACAAAGACAGAGAGAUUGAGAAACUCCUGACACGGUGCUCAAGGUUAAGGAGAGAUUGGAUGCCAAGUGUAGAACGCAUCCGCGCUAGGUCUAAGGGAACUUAUUUAUUUAUAUUUAUAUAUACUACACUUACACAUUAUAUAUAUGGAAUACCUAUACGAUAUUAGCUGUAAGUUGGAGCGGUAUGGAAAUUUUGCAAGAAAUUUAAUAAUUGUAGUAACUUGUUUUGUUUUGUUUUUUUUUUUUUGUGUGUCUAUUAUUAUUAUUAAUAUUAUUAUUGUGUAUUAUUGUGUUCUUUGGCAUCGCAACUUACAUUUUUGGGGGACAAAAUUUAGUUAAAUUCUACCGCUUACACCAUCAUUUAGCCAAUUCGCAUUAUCAUUUCCAUCAUUAAAUCGAAAAAACAAACAAAAAAAAA